AUGGGGGAGCUUGAAGGGGCAGCACCGGCCAAUUUCGGUGCUGUUCCGCCAGAUCUCGACGGUAGCUCGGGCAAGGUGACCACGCAACAGCACGCGCUGGUGAACAGCCAGGAGGAAGGACAGAAAACGACUCCAUCUGGAGGAAAGCGCUUUUCUUCGUGUUGGAGUCAGGUGGCUGCAACUGUCGCCCGCGUAGAUCGUCGUCUUUGCUACAUGUUCUGUAUGUUCUUGAGCACACUACAUCCGGUGAUAGCGCUGUGGAUGGUCGCCUACAAGGACUGCCCCUUGGAUGAUCUUGGAAAUCCAAUACCAAAUUAUCAGCCUCCUCCGCCCUGCGAACUUGACGCUGAUGGGGAGAAAGUGGACCCUGAUUGCAUAGAUCCUCCUCUUGCUUACGCUCGGGUUGAAAACAUAUGCUAUAUGUACCUAGCAAAUGAAUUUGCCCUGCAUGUAACUUACGUGCUGUACGUGAAGGUUUGGACACUUGGCGGUAGAAGUGUAGGCUUUUGGAGGGAGAUGUCUGGAUAUGCCGGUUACUUCGUUAUUGAGUUCCUUUCCAAUGCUGCCCUGUAUCAUGUUCAAACCUUCCCGAAAAUCCGCGAGAUUUUGCCAUUCUUUAACUACUUCACUUGGCCCUUGUAUGCGGCUUUCCUCUAUGGAUCUAUUUUACUAAUUCCCUUGGGCUUGUACCUCGCGAAAACGAGGGACCAAUAUAGGCGCGCAUUGAUUUUCCAUCUACCGGGAAUCGUAUUCUUUGGAGUAGAUAUAUUCAACCGGACUGUAUUUUUGCCAUUUUUCGAAACCAUGCAACACAAAUUUGCCCAGUUAAAGCUUAGUGCAGUAAUAUCCUUCAUCGGAGAGUUAGCUCUAGCAAAUUUUUACGGUUCCAUUUUCUUGCCAGCAACGCACAAAGCCACGAAUGUUCUGGUAGAAUUCGGCUACAACGUAUCGUACCAAACGGGUCAAGAGCUGCCCUCUGUAGAAGAAGAGCACACUGAAGAGUUUCUGCAGCAGGACAGCGAAGAGGGCGUUCGUGUUCUUCUAGAACUAGAGGGCCCCUCUAACAGCGAUGUUCUGAAUCAGAGUUCUGCAGAACUAGCGGCUGGACAUGGGCUGCCGAAGAUUGGGAAUCAGAAAUUCCUCAGUAGUACGCACCGACAGGCUGAAAGCCACUGGAAGGGUACAGCGUUGGACGACAGCGUCAAUGGCCCAGGGGAGGUGGCUCAACGCAACCAGAGAGAUAGGAACGAAAGUGCGGUCCAAAGACGCAGCGCCCGCAUUCUUGAGCAGCGAAGCCGCGGGUCUCGGCUAGGAUCAAAAAAUUCUACAUUUAGCACUGCAGUUCGCCAGAGUCGGAUCCUUGCUCCCAUUCUAGCUUCGGCUGAGUACAUUCCACCAAGCCAACCGCAUGUUCCAAUACGCCCGGAUGGCCCUGACCCUCUAGAAUUCGACAAAAUCCUGUGCUGCUUCGCAAUUGUUUGGGACUCGUGGAGAUACUUGCUGAUCCGAACUGUGCUAAUGAAGGCAUCUAGUAUUUUCCUUUACUUGUUGAUGGUUUUUAAAGAUUUUGCUUUCUCGUACUUUCACUUUGGGUAUGCAUAUAUGGAAAGAAGAGUGCUGUUGGUGAUUGAAGGCGCUACCACUGAAGAGUCCACUACCUGGCAAAAAAUCAGAAAGUUCCUGGUGAAAUUUUUCGAGUUCUUUAUUGUCAGACCUUUCUUCUUAACUAGAUUUUUAGCUACAACUGUGUGGAGGACAGAGAUAAUCUUUGGAAUGAACGAGAGGAGACAACACUACAGUCACCAUGUUUAUGAGGACCCUCCUCAGGAAAGUCAAGAAGAAAACGUGUCAUUUAGAAAGACCAUCAGACUCAUUAAUGCACGAAAACCCACAGCGUCUGAUUGGGCAAGUGCAAUUUCGACAGUUGCAGUACAAAAGGGUAAGCAUACAAGGGGUUUUGUGGGGAGUCUCUUCAGUGACAUGUGGACCCAUUUUGUUCUCAAUCUGCGCCGCGAUUGGCGACACUGGAAAACAAAAGACUUCAGCCGGUAUACUCACCCAGUGGAGCACUGGAAGAAAAAGAUGACCGUUUCAAAGAACGAGGCACCAAAUGGGCAGAAAGAUAGUGCAAAGCUAGAUGGCCUUGAAGUUCGGUAUUGCUUCGCGAAUGAGUGCUGUAUAAUUCGCCAUGUGCCACCGAAGCCAAAGACACCGAAAACGCACGGUCCUCAGAUGCUGACGGGAGCUGAAGAACCUCAACGACCUUCAGGCGAAUCAGUGUUCCGACGCAUCAAUGCAGUUUGGCUUUCAAAAGUCGUGAAGGAAAUUCAGUCCCUUGUCUUUAACCGAUGUUGGCCAAGACUUCUUCAAAAGCUCGUCUCUUCAACUGUCUUCGUUAUAACCGAACUCUUCACUGAAAAUUCGACUGUUGGUCUACUUCCAUCCUAUCAGGAGCACGGCCUCUUCAGGGACACCAUGGGUCGUUUCAGAGUGUUGUUCAUGUUUUCCAUGGACGUUGUGGAGGUAACAUCCAUUUGGUUUACGCAGGCUCAGUCGCGCUUCUACGGCAGCAUAAAAAAGGGCUACAACCUUUUUCAUGACUUGGCUAUGGUUUUUCUUUGCACGUUCAACUGCGCCGCUCAAAUGAUGAACUUCGCCAUGUUACGCUAUAUCCGUUUCGCCCCCAUCUGUGGAGACAAACGCGUCCUUCCAGAUAACGUGCAACAGGAUAUGUUAAAACACCUGAAUCUCGUUAAAUACUGGGACCAGCCAGACCUCCAGCGCGCUAUUACUUUGGCCAUGUCGAAUGUUCCCUGCCGUUUGUAUGGGAGAUUAACAUAA